UGCUUUGGGCCCUUAGUUCUACGCCAAGAAUGUGAAGAUUAAGUCACAGAUUCGUGGAAACCACUCUUUUUCCUCAUGUGCAUCAUUGAGGGCAGGCUCGUUACACAGAGAUUCUCGGUCUGGCUGAUUUCUAGUCUCUUUAGAGGAAACAUUAACCAAGGGCCCUGGAUGCACUCAUAAAAAGGGGUCAAUGAAGAUUAGGUAGGGGCUACAGCACAGAAGUUUUAUGUGAAUGGUAUGCUGCACUUCAAAAUAGGGUUGAACACAGCUGUCAGGGGAGAUAUAAAUAUCCACCUUGGAGCACCUACAAACAGUUUUUGGACUUUAACACAUAAAAUACUGCAUAAACCCUGUCCAGAAUCCCCUGUGCAUACAGUGUCAUAUUUUGCUGAAGUUAUGGUCUCAAGGCUUUUAAGGUACGAUAGAUGAUAUGCUACUAACGCAGUUUUAGUGACAUCUGGUGUCUGCAUGGAGCAUGUCGGUUGCAAUUUUGAACGGACGUCAAAUUCCACUUUAAAUAAUUUAAACGAGUCACCUCUGAUUUAUCUAGGUUAUGAUGUCACGUAUGCCACUGACUUUACGGCGCACUGUCACUCGCUUGUCAUGCGACCACAAAGUAUAUCACACGGUUGAAAACAUUUGCCAUGUAAACUGAUAUUUGGUUCUCCUGAGACUCUAUCCUGGUCAAGUGAUCUCUCCCAUGUAUCGUAACUCUACCUGGGGACCAAUUAACAAGAACGUGAGCACCCAAGAUCUUUGCCGACUUCCCGGCGAAGGCCUCUGCGGCUCUUGGCAUUCUGUUGCCAUAGAGACGGUGAUCUACCCCAGUCUUCACAGAGUCAGUCCGACGCUGAGCUUUGCAACAAUGUUGCAUUUAAACUUAAUGAUCUUGGUACUAGACAUUAUGUUUAUAUAGCGUAAUUAAAAGUGGUGUCAGAAGUCAUUAGCCUCCGUCUAAUUGAAAGAACAAGCAACAGUUGCCUACUACCUUGAAGUCAAGCUUGUAUGGUAAGUUAUCCCUGAGUUAAAAAUGCAUUGCGGAGUAAGAUAAAAGUGUGUUGACAUUCAAAACCUCACGUGCUAGGCUUACUUUACAUGUCAUGCAUUGCACGAAGUAUUUCAAUGUGUGAGGUAGGCCUAAAGGCCUGUUAUCGCACAAGGUGAUUUAUUUUAAUCACGCUGAGCAUAUAAGUAAUAUUGUAGGCUGUAACGACGGUUUAACUAUCCCGUUGGCUUGCUCCGUACAGGAAUAGGCUAAAUGGUUUUCAUGUCGACCUGCCUUGUCCUGUGUAUUCUGAUAGCAGUGAGAAAUAAGCUAUUUGAAUGAAAGGAUUAAAAUAAUGAAUCUUAGACCUGGGUAUAUAAAAUAUCAACAAUCACGAUGCUUAAAAUUUUAGAGCCUUUAAAAAGAAGUCAAUGAUGGCUAGUCCAGUGGCCAAAGGCCGUCUGGAGGAGCUGCAGAUCUAUCGGUUGCUACAAUGUAUCCACGAGGGCAACAAACUACAAAUCGAAAAGCUGAUCACCCGCGGCGUGGGUAACCUCCUUAAUUUCACCGAGCCUCGGCAAGGCAAAGGAGCCAUGCAUCUAGCCGCCGUGGCUAACAACCUCGACAUGGUGGGCUUCCUGCUGUCCCAUGGAGCAAGCCCAGAUGUUCAGGACAAGAUGGGGAGAACGCCAGUCAUGCUAGCCGCUGAGCUGGGGCAUGAUGGUGUGGUUGCACUGCUGGUGAAGCACAAGGCUAACAUGAGCCUGCUGGACGAGGAGGGGAAAGGUGUGCUCUUCUACUGCAUCUAUCCCACUAAACGCCACAUGCGCUGCCUGCAUGCGGUGCUCAAGGCUCUGUUCGACAUCAACAACGCAUCCCUGACCGGCCAGCACGUCCUGCAGCUCGCCUGUGCACAGGCUGACAGCUGCCUGCCUAUGUGUUUACUCCUGCUGGAGAGAGGGGCUCAACCUGAUGCCACAGAUGAGACUACAGGGCGCACUGCUCUGAUGGAGGCAGCCAGGGUGGGAGCCCUAGAGCUGGUGGGGGCGAUUCUCAGGAAGGGUGGCGACCCCAACGCACUCGACAAGAAGAAGUUCAACGCUGCCCACUUUGCAGCAGAAGGAGGGUUCUUUGAGGUCAUUCGAGUGCUGUCUGCGUAUGGGGCUGACUUGGGUGCAGUUACCAUAGCAGGGGACACUCCUCUACACUAUGCAGGCCGUGGCGGAUAUGUAGAGUGCUGCCGGUUUCUUGCUCAGAGAGGCUGCAAUCCCAAACUGAAAAAUGAAGAAGGCCUUCUGGCACGCCAGAUUGCUAAGGACAAUGGCCACAAGGCUGCAGUGAAGGAGCUGAAGAAAGCUGAGAGACUGCACGGGAAGUUCUCCCGACCUGGCGUGCCCAAUCCCAACGAGCUCUGGGCCCUGAAGUUCUACGACUGGUCUCAGGAGCUUGAGGUCACCCUGAGGAAAGCCUUUGAGAAGUCUGGGGACUGCAUUAAGGAGACUGUCUCUAAGGAGACGUUUGAGACAGUCUUGGAGAAUCUACAGGCCCCCGUGGACGAGCUCCAGCUCCACAAGGUGAUCAUCGCUCAUGACCGCAAACGCGAGGGUGUGAUCAACAUCAACGACUUCUUCAGGGGCCUCAAGUACCUGCAGAAGACUGUUGUCAUGGACUCCUAUGGCCCCAAGAAGAAGAAGAAGGGGGGGAAAGGGGGCAACAAGGGCAAGAAGAAGGGCAAAUUCACCCUCCCCUUUCCCAUCUGCACCAUCCCCCCUGAGCUGAUCUACCGAAGGGCUGAUGGUGGUCCUCCGACCUUCAUGGUGGAGGCGUACCACCACCACACGGACCCAAACCGGUUUAGCCGCGACCACCCACCCCAGCACCCCAUAGAGGAUGACUCAGCCUGGUACAUUGAUGACCCGGAGAAGAUCUAUGUCAACGUGACCCACUGUGCUAAAACAGGCGACUUAGGGUCCCUUCAGCUGGCGUUCCAGGAGGGCGUUCCCGUGGACGUGAAGGACCGCUUCUACAAGACCCCACUAAUGACUGCCUGUGCCUAUGGAAACUAUGAGGUGGCCCAGUUCCUGAUUAACCUGGGGGCUGACUUGAAUGCAAAGGACCAGUUCAGCUGGACGCCGCUGCACCACGCCUGCCAUGCCGGCCAGCUAGACAUCAUGGAGCUGCUGGUGGAGUCGGGUGCUCAGCUGGACAAGCCUGCUUUGAAUGGAGCAACGCCCCUCAUGAGGGCCAUCGAGAGCUGCCGGCCAGCAUGCGUGGAGUACCUCAUCAAAGCCGGGGCCAAGGUGAACGCCAAGAACAAGACAGAGCAGAACUGCUUAGACAUUGCCUGGGCCUAUGCAGACCUGAGAGUAGUGGAUUUGGUCAAGGCCAAAAUGGAUAGCCUGCCAAAACCAAAGGAAAACAAGAGAGGCAAGGCAGCCAAACCACAGGCUAAAGCCAGGCCAGCCACCACUUCAGCCAAGGAGAAGCUGAGCCAAGGCGCCCUCAGUAGCACGUCAGCACGGCCUGCAGACAGCACCUUGACCCAGAAGGCCACGGCAGAGAAGAGCAAAGAUGACACUGUGGUCAUGUACAACACCCGGCUGACCAGUGGCAUAGUCAGACCUGUGGACAUCUCCUUCAGGCCCCGAGUGGUGUGGGGUAAGCAGCUGAGCACCAGCUAUUUGAUCCAGCAACGGGUGAAGAGGCGUGAGCGUUUCACCCACGAGGUGGACUUUGACGACUUCCUCAUGCCCUUCAGCAAGAACCUCCAGAAGAAGGUGGCACAGGUCCACGAGGGCACCGUCUGAAAGGGCCAAGAGGCAUCAGAGCCCCCUAGGUAGUCUGGCCGCUUUAUGACGCUGGCCAGGCCAAAUGAAUUGAGAGCGAUUUGAAUGAACUGAAGUAGGUGUUUACUUUAAAGGGUGGGUUGGGAGGCUAUCACAGGGUUCAUUCCCUCUCUCUCCUGAAUCUUAUCAAUCACUGUGGACACUAAAGAAUGUAAUGUUCGGAGACAUUGAAACAGUGCAGAGUGAAAGGAGAGAAACUACAGUGACGACGCUUAUUCAGAUGUUCAUCGUUCACCCUGUGAUUAAUGGCAGAUUAGUGCUUGUAACUUGGAGGCCAUGAAUGCUUUCUGAAUAUCAUUUUUUUUGACCCAUGACAAGACAACAUUUUUAUUUCAUUUUGAAGAUAUUUUGUAAUUGUCAGUACCAUUAAAUAUCUUGAUGUUUUGUACAA